AUGUCUCGAUUUGGAGCAAAGAAAGGCAGGAAGCUCCCCGGUGCAGAAUUUACCUGGGAAGCCGAUCCUGGCGGGGAAGCAGACACGGCGCCUACACCUCUUUUUCCUAGAUAUAACAUUCCGCGCGCGAGACUUUUGAACCCUCGCGAACAAAAACAGGUCGAUCUCUACCGUGCUCUGCGGGAUCGCUUCCACGACGGGCCCUACUACUCCGUCCUCCAAUCCACCUCAGUUACAGCAAGAAAAGAUGAGGCUACUCGCGCCCACUUUGACCCUUUCCACGGAAUGCCUACGUAUUCGGGCAAGUACCAGAAGCAGAAGCGGGACCGGCCGGAGUUGAAAGGACGUCCGUACGUCAUGAAGUUCUUCCCUCGCCAGCUGUGGAAGACGAUUCAGCCGAACUUCAACCCCUCGGUCGCAAUGGAUGGAUACGUGCCACAGGGACCUCGCAUCGGAGUGAAAAGGGGGUUUGAGGAUGAGGAAGAGGAGCAUGAUGUCGAGGAUACCAAGCGUAGAAAAGGCGCCGACGAGGAUGAGGAUGAGCGAGAAGAGCGGGAAGAAGAGGUGGACGUCUUGGACCCGGAUGAGGAUCAGGAGGAAGAGAUCGUCGACAACGACUUUGAGGAUGAUGAAGAUGAAAUGGGCGGGGACUACAAUGCGGAACAGUACUUUGAUGCUGGCGAUGAUGAAUACGGAGAUGACGGAUUCGCAGACGGCGGAGGCGGAGGUGGAGAUGAAGACACCUACUGA